UGACGCUCGCUUGGCAGCAGGGCGGCGUGUCUCCACCGGGCGGGGACAGUCCCGUCACACGGAGCGGCAGCACCAGGACGCACCGACGCGUUCGCCGUGCAGCGAAACGAAACACAGCAACAUAGGAAGGAAGAGGAAAGAAGCUUGACGAGUCUUUCUUGUUUGAGGUCAAAGUUCAACAGUCAUCAUGGCAGACGAAGCAGAUAUGCGCAAUGAGCUGGCCGACCUGCAGACACGCGCAGACCAGAUAGCUGAUGAGUCUCUGGAGAGCACUCGGCGUAUGCUGUCCCUGGUUGAGGAGAGUAAAGAUGCCGGCAUCAGGACCCUGGUCAUGCUGGAUGAGCAGGGAGAACAACUUGAUCGUGUGGAGGAGGGCAUGAACAAGGUGAACGCAGACCUGAAGGAGGCCGAGAAAGAUUUAAAAGAUUUAGGACAAUGCUGUGGUCUGAUAUGCCCAUGUAUUAAAAAGAUUAAGGGCGGGGGCCAGGCCUGGGGAGCGAACCAGGAUGGAGUGGUGAACAGUCAGCCAGGGGCUCGGGUGAUGGACGAGCGCGAACAGAUGGCCAUCAGUGGAGGCUUCAUCCGCAGGGUAACAGAUGACGCCCGGGAGAAUGAGAUGGAUGAGAACCUGGAGCAGGUGGGCGGCAUCAUCGGCAAUCUGCGUCACAUGGCCCUGGACAUGGGCCAGGAGAUUGACACCCAGAACCGCCAGGUUGACAGGAUCAUGGAGAAGGCUGAUUCCAACAAGACCAGGAUUGACGAGGCCAACCAGCGAGCUACGAAGAUGUUGGGCAGUGGCUAAACUGCAGCGACAAGUGCUUUCAUCCCCUGUUAACCCCCCCCCCCCCGAAAAAAUGACACCAACCAAACCCAGUCCACCAACGGCGCCCACUUCCUUGGCUCAACGGCAGGCGCUGGAAAAAAAAUCAUGCUUUUGUUGUGAUACUUAGAAGUUUUGCACAUGUACACAUAUCAUACAUUCCUCGGCCCCCGGUCUCUUCCCUGCCCGUCACUUCCCCUCAGUCUCUCCCCCUCCUUAUUAUCAGUGUUGUUCUGUGCUGUCGCUCUUUUGAUUUUUGUUAAGAAAUGAUAGUUCUGUCACACAACAUCCACUCGAGCGCUCUCCACACUGUGCACAGUGCUUCUUAAAUGGCUUCAUUGAUUUUCGACCACGUGUGCUGUCUUCUUCAUCACUCUUUUUGUAAGUCUGCGUGUAAUAUAAACUAUGUAUGUACACCUUGUUCCAAGAUGUCCUUCCCCGCCGCGUCAGUAUUCAGGUGUAUUCAUCAGUUACAAUGUCGUGAUGCUACAUGAUAAGGCCACGGCGAUUUGCCAUUAUACAAGUAAACAUACAAACCGCACAGCUCGUAAACCGAGGCCACUGUUGGAAUACAAUUAUUUGAUGUAGAUAGGGAGCCCCUCGGAUCUUGAUAACAGUAGAUCGUGGAUACUCAGUUCAGUAUUUGUAAAGUAUUUGAGCCAUUUGGAUGAAAAUAUGACAUGACUGUUAGUGCAAGCAGUAUUUUAUCAACCCUAUUGGUAGAGCAGUAUUAAAACAAUUUGAUGGCAUAGAUUGUUUAGUGCACAACUUUUUUCCUCAGGGAGCGAAAUCUAACCAUUCAAACGCAAGGGUUGAAUUUUUAAUUGACAUGUUGUAAUUCACAAAAACAGAUUCUUCAUAUUUGUAUCAUUAGGCUCUGCGUAUGUGUGAAUUUGCAUGCUGCCUAAACAGCAUUAUCAUAAAAUGUAACAUUGUGAUUGAUAAUGAAAGGCCGGGAGCGUUGCUAGAGGUCAUAGUUCAACAGCAACCAGUCCAACUGUUAGGCAAAGUUACAGGAGGUUCAUCGACCUGUUCUCGUACCAGACUGCUUUACCCACGAUUCAACCCGAGCAACAUCAAGUAGCGUCGCGCGUCAAGUGUGUAAUGCAUGUCCAUCCGCCGCUAGAAGACGCUGAAUAAUUCAUUUAUUCAGGCAAAUAUAUCCUAACAUGGCGACUGCAUGCUACAUAUGUAGGCCACACAGAGGAGAGGCCCAUAUUUAUAUGCGAUUGUGCCACUCUCUUUUUGUUUCAUGUCUGUUUACCUUUCCAGACUGUGACCAUCACUGUAAAAUAAUACCUUGGAAAAUGCCAAUAAAACCAUAAUGGACGUAGAACCAAA